AUGGUUGGAGUGGACGCUGUUGGCAUGUCUACUGUACAUGAGGUAAUCACAGCGCGCCACUGCGAUAUGAAAGUAUUCGGUCUCUCUUUAAUAACCAACGAAUGUAUCACUAAUUACGACGUAGAGGCCGAAGCCAACCACGAGGAGGUACUAGACGUGGGCAAAAUGAGACAGGACCUUUUAAGAGAAUAUAUUUCUAGACUUGUCAAUGAAUUCAGCAAAGUUUAA